UUAAUGCUUAUUUGCGUACAUCAUGUAUAUAUGUGUGUGUAUGUAUAUGUACAUACAAUGUACCUUUACAAUUAUAUUGAUAUCAUAUUUAUUUAUACGUAUCACACGCGAUACGAAGUGUUUAAUACUAUUAUUACUAGUCAAUAUCACGAGACAAACAUUCAACCACUCUCGACGCAAACUCUCGGUUUUCCCUUUUCGCAGAAAGCAAUGCUAUUAAACUACGAACUUCGAUUUAACGUCAAAGUUGGCGUUGCAUUUUACAAUCGCGUUCCCUCCGUUUUUUUAAGUUUUGAACUUUCUCGAAGCAUUAUUAUCCCCUCGCUCUGUUCUCAGUUGCGCUUUUUCUACCCCACUAGAAAGUUUUAUAAAAUGCGAAACGCAAAUCUUCGCAAACUAUCUUAGUCCUCGCGAUUGGAAAACGGACAGAUGUAUUAUUCCGCGCGGAGACCAACGACCCCUUCUGUGCAUUAGCAUAAAGAAAAUAUAAUUGCAAGCAGAAAGUUAUGAUUUUAAUUUUUUUUAAUUCUGUACAUAGAUUAAUUUGGUUUACGAGGUGGCGCAUAUUGAAGUUUCGCAUGUGUUACACUUUGUAUAUUUAUGGCAUUCGUAGUUUAACCGCUAAUUCAUUAUACACUAGCGUACAGUCAGUGCGAUAUACUUUAGAGGCGCGUAACCUGAUUUUUCCAAUUGUCGAAUUAUCUGGUCAAAUUCACUACAAAAAAAAAGUUAAAAAUAAUUAUGGGUAUGUAAUAAAUACAUUAGUUUCAUGUUUUUCUAAUGUUAUAAACUGUUUCAGAUUUUGAUAACAUAAACGGCAUAUUUUAACUUGCUUUGUGAAGUUUUUUCACCGGAAAUCAUAUUAAUAUGCAGUGGUAGCAAAACGUUUUCUUGGAGAAAUAAAAAAGAAAAAGAAUUAAAACAUCACGAAUUAAUAUAAAGAACGUGACUUGCUGAAUGUAAUACAAAUUUAAUAUAUAAGAUCGAAUCAUACGAAAGUUAAGCGAAGCAUAAAGUCAUGUAAGUCAAAAUAAACUUUCGUAGAAUUUUUUUUUUUUUUUUUGAGAAAAAUAUCAGAAUUAUUUACGUAUUGUAACUUUAACAGUAACUUUGCGAUUAUCCUUGGACAAAAGUUUCCACCACGUCAUCGUGGUAACCUUGCUGCCCAGGCUCAACCCUUCUCGAUUUGUUUUCAACAGCACCUGUUGUUUUUCCCCCAUAAAACUUAACUUAUACAUCAGAAAAUGCAAAUUACCAGUCAUCAAAGUCGCAGCAUUUAUGUAGCAAAGAUGGGAGGAAAGUUCAUCGAACAAGCUGCGCAUGUCUCGUAGUAACAAAUUCUAAUAUCAUGAUCGGAACAGUGAAGAUAGAGCUAACGGCGGCGUUACAUCGUUGGAGAUGAUCAAUCGGAAGCAGAGCACUCUCGCUGUCGACGUAACAAAGCAAAACGAAGCGUACAUCUCGGACUUUCGUUACGCUGUCCAGAUAAGCGUUUGGCUACUGAAGCCGAUCGGUGUCUGGCCGCUGUUCAAUGAGACGUCGAGACUCAAGAUCGCUCUACACAAGGCGUUGAUGGUGAUCGGCACUUUCAUCGUGCUCUUCAUGGUCGUGCCGUGGACCGUAUAUAUCGUGAAAAAGAAAUUGGACGUCUUCCUGAUAAUCCGUACGAUAUGCCCGCUGCUCUUCUCUACAACAACCUCCGUGAGAUAUAUUCUGCUGCUUUGGAAUCAGGACCGACUCAAGUUCUGCAUGGAACACAUGGCCGAUGAUUGGCGAUGCGCAACAAUCGCCAAGGAUCGCGACGUCAUGCUGGCGAACGCGCGAGACGGUCGCACCUUUGGCAUCAUUUCCAUGGUUUUCAUGUUCAGCUGCGGCGGACUGUAUUAUACGUUACCUAUAGUCAUGCCGAAUCCGAUCAACGAGAACAAUGUUACCGUAAGAUUGCAUCCAUCGCCCAGCGAACUUCUCGUGUUUGAUACCCAGGCUAGUCCGGUGUAUGAGAUCGUAUACUUCUUACAAAUUCUCUCCGGUUACACUAUCUACAGCGCGUUCAGCGGCACUUGCAGCUUGAUAGCCAAUUUUGUCACGCAUGUAAGCGGCCAGUGCGAUCUGUUAACGACGAUUUUCGAGGAGACUGUGGACGGUGGUGAGCAUAAUAGCGGCUCCAUCGAGAAUAGAAUCGCUACCGCGAUAACUCGACAUAUGCGUUUACUAAGAUUAGUUUCUGACGUAAGCAACUUAUUUACUGAGAUUUGUCUCGUGGAAUUCAUAAAUGCUUCGUGUAACAUAUGUCUAAUCAUAUACUACAUCGUAACUGAUAUACGUAAUAAUGAGCCGUUUAUGCCGACUUUUAUGUUUGGCUUCGGGCUCAUGUCGAUCAUUUUCAACCUGUACAUGGUCUGCUAUAUCGGGGAUUUGCUCAAAGAGCGCUGCCAGCAGGUGGGAAACGCUUGCUACGCAAUCGAGUGGUAUCGGAUGCCAUACAAGAAUGCGAUGAGACUGCUCAUGCCGAUCGCGAUGUCCCAAUACCCUACGACGCUCACCGCCGGAAAGAUGGUAACGAUGACAGUUACCACAUUCUCCGACAUCCUAAAGACGUCAAUGGCAUAUUUCAAUUUGCUUCGCGAAUUUACUUCACAAGACAUUACGAAAACCCGUUUUGUCUUUCGUCUGCUGGGCAUCUGGCCGUACGCGCGUACCAAAACCUGGUUUCCGGAAACUAUAGAGAGACUCGUGGUGAUCCUCGUUUCCUACAUCCUCCUCACCUGCGAACUGGUCCCGGCGAUUCUCUACAUGGCCAUCGUGCAGAAAGAGACCCGCGCCAGACUCAAAGUCGUCGCCACCGUGAUAUUCACGAUGGUGGCGAUGGCCAAGUACGGCCAAUUAGUGUUCAGCAGAGACCGAGUGAGAAGCUGCCUAGCGCAGGUCGAGGACGAUUGGCGAAAUGUCGCCGACUCGCGCAACCGUGACGUGAUGACCGAAAAAGCCAAAACUGGCAGACGCUUGCUCGUAAUAUGCGCUAUAUUCAUGUACUCCACCGGGGUGUCCUUUCGGACAAUCAUACCGUUGUCCCGUGGGAAGAUCGUCACCGAACAGAACAUCACGAUCAGGCACCUACCGUGCCCAAAUUAUUUUGUUCUAUUCGACGUGCAGCUCAGCCCCGCUUACGAGAUCGUAUUCCUCAUGCAGUUCUUCUCGGGAGUAGUCAAAUGCACAGUCACGACUGCAGUGUGCGGCCUUGCGGGCCUCUGCGUGAUGCACGUUUGCGCGCAGCUGGAGAUACUGAUGGUCCUGAUGAACAAUCUGGUAAACGAACGAGAACUUAAAAAUGUUAACGAGAGAUUGGCCAUUAUUGUAAAGCAUCAGAUCAAAGCGCGAAAUUUCUUGCAACUGGUGCAGAACACCAUACAAUAUACAAGUCUACUGGAAGUUAUAGGAUGCACCAUAAUCGAAUGGGAGGACAACAAUUCAAUAGCACUAUGUUCGUAUCUCAUUGGUCUCACAUCGAUUAGCUUCAACAUUUUCAUCUUUUGCUUCAUUGGCGAACAACUUUCGACAAAGGGAGAGAAAGUGGCAUUAACAGCGUGCACAUUGGAGUGGUACCGUCUUCCUGACGCGAAAGCACGAUCGCUGAUAUUAAUUAUGAUCAUGUCGAAUUUACCGACGAAGAUUAGAGGAGGAAAGUUCAUGGAUCUUUCCUUGAGGACGUUCGGCAAUAACAGCCAAGUCGAAACUGCAAACUCACCACGUCAGAAACAAUACGAUUAUUGUUACAUGUUAUUGACCUCUAAGCAAAUCGAAGUAUUCUGCGUAAUCGAAACUAUUGCUGGCGGUCAACGUCCAACCCGUGCAAUCGAUCGACAAACAAUGCUGCCCAACGAGCAUUACAAAGAAGACAUGAUUUACAUCACACGAUUGACACGACACGUUCUAAGUCUACUUGGCGUCUGGCCGUCUUACAGCAGAAGAAGAUCUAUCAGAGACAAAGCCUGGAAGUACUUCUUGAUCUCGAUGUCGUACAUUCUUCUUUACUCCGUCCUGAUUCCCGGUGGUUUCUUCUGGUUGAUUGAAAAGAGAACAAAGGUCAGAGUUCAAACGAUCCCUCUACUUUUCUACGGUUUCAUGGCCAGCGGUAAAUACAGUAACCUGGUAUUCCGCGAGAAGAACAUCAGACGCUGCUUGAAACAUAUCGAAGAAGAUUAUAGAGUCAUAACUAGCACAGAGGCACGAGACACGAUGAUCGAAUCCGCGAAGAUCGGAAGACGCCUGGUCACACUUUGCGCGAUCUUCAUGUACGGCAGCGGACUCUCCUUUCGUUCAAUCCUGCCAUUUGCCAAGGGAAAAAUCGUGACUGCGCAAAACAUCACAAUCAAACCUCUACCUUGCCCGGCUUACUUCUUUUCCUUCGAUAUACAAAUCAGCCCUGCUUACGAAUUGAUUUUCGCAAUGCAAUUUUUAUCCGGGAUAGUCACUUACUCGAUUACAAUAGCUUUAUGUGGUCUCGCAGCCGUCUUCGUGAUGCACGCCUGCGGCCAGCUAAAGAUUCUGGUGGAUAUGAUGAAAAAUCUCGUCGAGCAGCAAUGGGAAGAGAAACAGGAAGUGGACAGGAAACUGGCGAGAAUGGUGGAACAUCAAAUAAGAAUUCGAAGUUUUUUGCAAUUGGUAGAAAAUACUCUUCAACAAGCGUGUCUAAUAGAAUUGAUGGGUUGUACGGCAAUAGUAUGUCUUCUAGGAUAUUUUAUAAUAAUGGAAUGGGAGAAUAGCAAUUCGAUAGCUAUGUGUUCCUACUUCAUAACAGUUACAUCCCUGAUGAUAAACAUGUUCAUGUUUUGUUAUACUGGUGAACAGCUUACCGUUCAGGCGGAGAGAGUAGCUAGUACUUCUUGCGAGCUCGAGUGGUACCGUCUUCCGGAUAAAAAAGCGCGUGCAAUCGUGCUGGUGAUAAUUAUGUCAAACAUGCCUACCAAGAUUACCGCUGGAAAGAUUAUGGAUCUAUCAUUCAAGACAUACGGCGAUGUUGUGAAGACAGCCGUGACAUAUUUUAACAUGCUUGUAAAUAUAGCCGAUUGAUGUUUCUUCUCUAUAUUGCAUUCUUUUCGUCGGAAUUUCAACUACCAACGCAUCAUAAUGGUAAUAUCGUAUCAUAUUGUAUGUAUGCUCGUGAUAUACAUGUGUCAAAUGCAGAAGUGUGAUGUACAUAUAUCUAUAUAUUGUCGAUUUAGAUAUACUUUUUCUAUAAAUAUAAAUAUACGUAAGUACUUUUUAUUUUUCAAUACGGCAAAAGUACAAUACUUACAUCAAAUUUUUAUAGAAAACAGUUCGAUAAUUAAAUUAUAUAAUUACUAAUUUAUCUUUUUAUAUAAAUUAUAUCUUCAGUUAGUGAUGAGAUAAAUAAGAAAGUAACUCAAUGACUUCUGUGUGUUAGUGUAACUCGCAAGCAAAUCAAAGUUUCGUAUGAUACAACUAGAACUUGCACUAUCAAUCAACGUUUGUCCUUCAAAACUACAUCAAAGACAAUCGAAAUUAAACUACUAAACAUCGUAUCGAUAAUAUCGCAUUACGCACAACAUAAGCAUGCAAAAAGUAUAAAAAUUAGACACGAGACAUUAUAUACAUAUAAAGUGAUUUGGAAUUAAAUAUAUUCUUAUAUAAUUGAUUGCAAUAUAUAUAUAUAUAUAUAUAUAUAUAUAUAUAUACAUAUAUAUAUAUAUAUAUAUAAAUUUUAAUUAAAUAAUUAUAAAUUAUUCUUCAUAAAGUGUCACGUAGCAUUUCAAUGUUAUACGAUUGAAAUGAACUAUAUAUUUUAUUUUGCAUCGAAGCUAUUACCGCACUUGGAAAUCCACCUUGAAGGUCAUUAAAAUCUCCGCAAUAUUAGCACACACACGAUCAAAUAUUAUAUAAAGCAUUGUAUUGUUUACUAUCUAAAUGCACUAUAUUUUAAUCAAAAAAAUGAUCAUACAAUAUAUAUAAAAAAAUACUAUUAUUAAAUAUUA